UUAUAUUUCAAUAAUAAAUAAUAUUUAAAUAAAAACAGUAAAAUAUAAAAAUCAAUUAUGCAAGAACUCGAAGAUGAGCCCGAUGAUGUGAAAAAUGCAAGUCCGGUUUCCGAAGAAGUUAAAAAUGGAGAAGUUGAUGAGAUUAUUGAAAAAGUUUCAUCUCCCGUAAAACACGAACCUCGAAACGCACAUAAAUGCUGCAAGCAAAAUAAACCGGUACCUAAAAUCUCCAAGUCUUGCCCUGAAAAGAAGGAAAAGAAGGUGGAAAAACCUCCUGAGCCCAUACAAUUUUGCACUCCAAAUCCUUAUAAACGUGUAAAACUGGAAUUAAUACCUCGCCAUUGCCUGACCAAAGAUGAACACCAAGACACUCUUGCUAUGCCAAAGUACAUUCGUGAAAUUGCAGGUGCUAAAAAGUGUUACGACAGCAAUGAAAAAAAAUCAGUUCGCAAAGUUCGCACAAUAUAUCCACGCACGGAGUGGCUAUCUAAACCAACUAAACGUCGAAUGCUCAUGACACUUACAUACAAAAGCUCGUUUCUGUCGGCAAAAAUGUUAGAUCACUUGAUCGAUGUUUUGGAAUCUGAAACUGCCAUAACACCCGAGCAAGCGGAAGAGAUUAUACGAGAUAAAAAAAUGAAGAAAAAAGAAGUAAAGAAGAAGAAAAACAAAAUCGAUAAAUGCCAAAGUAAAUGUAAAUCGGAAACAAAGGAGACGGUAAAUAAACUUUUAAGCUGUGGCGAUCCAAGCUUAGAUUUAGAAGCAGCCGAAUGUCAAUAUUCAAUGGCUCAGCGUUUUGUCAGAAGUAUCUUAAAUUGGAAAUGUUUGUAUCCACGGGAUGACUAUCGCGAUAUAGCUGAGGUAAUACUUGAGAGGUUAAGUAAGCAAUUGGAAUACAUACCGAUUGGAAAUGAGGACCGAAAGUCCGAGCAGAUGCGACUGUUGGCUGAUAUAUUUGCGUGCUGGAUAUCAGAAAUAUUGACCAAGGUAGCGGAAAAAUAUUGCGAUGAACUAAGCGAUAUUGAAAGCGUUAAAUGUACAGACCUCGAAGAGGAGAAAGAUGACGAUGAGUAUACGGACGAGGAAGACGGAUACCCGAAAUAUUUGGAAAGCCAUUGUGGAGAUAAUGCAAGGAAGUGCCCAUCGAUCGAUGAUUUUGAAAACGAUGAUACUGAUUCAUUGCAAGGUGAAGAAAAUUUAAGUAUAUCAUCAUCGGACGACUGUAUAGACGAGGAACAACAGACCGAACCGAAACCCCAGAUAGAUUGUUCAACAAUAACGCCAAUUAAAGUUGAGAAGGAAAUUAAGAUAGACAAGGUCGCUGUGGCAGAUAUUAAAUGCUGCGAACAGGUAGAGAUGGAAAAAAUUGCAUCUCGUCUAGGCCAAACGGACGUACCCUUCAUUACUUUCGCUAAGAUCUUUGAUGCUCUCUACUGUAUGAUCGAUUCCGAACCAGCGAACGACCUCUGUUGUCCAAUGGAUAAUCGCAUUCAUCGGGCGAUUUAUGAGAAAUUCGAGGAAGUUAUACUGCUCGAGGACUCCAAUCUUCUUACCGAACGUAUGAAAGACAUCUUGGACGUGGUCACUGGUAAAUUGGCCAAAUGGUUGAGUAAGGCACUCAACAGGCGACAAAUUAAAUUCUUCGAGGAAAAUCCGGCUCAGGUGGAAUCAAACGAGAUACGUUGCUGGGCAAAGUGGAUAGACAGCGCGGCUAACGUUGCCUCCGAUUGGUCUAACUGGAUACAUACGGUGACCACAGAGGCUCAGUGCAUAAAACAAGCCGGUGGAAUAACGCGCAACAAUUGGAAAAACUGGACCGGAAAGUUCGAGACCAAUGCUUUACAGUGGAGAAAAAAGUACAUGGAGACUGUUCACCAGGAGCAUCAUAAUACCAUGAUGUUAUGCGAUAGGGAAGUACUUAAGACCUGCACGAAGAAGAUACCAGAGUAUAGCGAAACAAUUCUAAACAAUACAAACUUCGAGUCGUGUUCGAAAAUGCAUUAAUGAGAGCAAUGAAAAAAAAAA